GCAUGGACGGAGGGAUAGUGGAGGACAACAAAACCCUAAUUGAAAACCCUAACCGAGGAAUCCUUCAAGAGGAAAGCGCGUCCCGUUCAAAAGGAUCAAGAAGAAAGCGCGACGUCGUUGUUACUCCAGUAAGCCAGUAUGCCAAAGUCUAAGCGCAACCGAGCAGUUACAUUGUCAAAGACGAAAAGGAAGGGGAGAGAACAUAAAGAAUCAAUAGUGAAUACAAUAAGACAGGCUGCUGAGAAUUAUAAUUCUGCAUAUGUAUUUUCUUUCGAGAAUAUGAGAAACCUGAAAUUCAAAGAGUUCAGAGAGCAGCUGAAAUCCAGCAGCAGAUUUUUCCUUGGGUCGAAUAAAGUCAUGCAGGUUGCUUUGGGUCGAUCUGUUAGUGAUGAGGUCAGACCAGGCAUCCGUAAAGUUUCUAAGCUUUUGCAAGGAGAUGCUGGUCUGUUAUUUACCGAUUUGUCCAAAGAAGAGGUUGAAAGGUUAUUUAAUGCGUAUGAAGAAUAUGACUUUGCAAGGACAGGAAGCACUGUGACAGAACAGGUAGAGCUCAAGGAAGGUCCCCUGGAACAGUUUACUCAUGAGAUGGAGCCCUUCUUGAGGAAGCAAGGGAUGCCUGUUCGGCUGAACAAAGGUGUGGUGGAGCUUGUUUCAGAUUUCAUCGUGUGUGAAGAGGGAAAGCCUUUAUCGCCCGAGGCAUCUCGCAUACUGCGCUUGUUGGGAAUCAAGAUGGCCACCUUCCGCCUUCUCUUCAUUUGCAGAUGGAGUCCUGAGGAUUUUGAACUUUAUAUAGAUAGGCCAGAUGAAUCAGAUGUUGAAUCAGCAUGAAGAAUAUGGUAAAUUGUUUGCUGAGGCCCUAUAAGAUAUUUACUCGGACCACUUAUGUCUUGUAGUACCAAGUAGUAUAGCAGUGGCCGUGGUUCCACCUAAAAAUGUGGAGAGCAAGGGAACGGCUGUUUUAGUGUUCCUCAUUACCUCAGUCUAAAUGUUAUAACUUACCAGAUAUAAUCGUGCAGUUUUGUAACUUUUGUUGUCUGUGUUUCAGCAAGAUUUUAUUCAUUUGUGGUGUGAUAUGUAGAAAUCGGAAGGGGCGUGCUUUCCCUCGACUAUGUUGGAAGAGCACUGGAAUUAAGUGUUUUGAAAAAUACUUGAGAAGUAUUAUAUGGUCUCGUCAGAUUUAG